UCGCCUGUCACGUGACGGGGCCCCAGCCUAGGUGACCUCUGGGGGCAGGUGAACCCUGCACCUGGGGACCCGCACGGGCUGCUGCCGCUGCCAGGGGUGGCCCCUAGGGGGCGGCAGGGGCUGCGGAGACGCCGGCGCAGCGUGGGAAGGUUGGGAGGAUUCGCGAGGGUGGAGGAGGAGGAGGAAAGAGGCGCAGUGGUCGAGUGGGGAGCAGGUGAGCCCCAGGCCUUCGGUACCGCUGCUCCGGCCUCUUCCCCGUACGGUACAGAGCCGCCAUGAAGGCCAUCAUCCAGCGCGUCACGCGGGCCAGCGUCACAGUUGGAGAGGAGCAGAUAAGUUCCAUUGGACGGGGCAUUUGUGUGUUGCUGGGUAUUUCUAUGGAAGAUACACAGAAAGAAUUGGAACACAUGGUUCGAAAGAUUUUAAACCUGAGGGUAUUUGAAGAUGAGAGUGGAAAACACUGGUCAAAAAGUGUGAUGGACAAACAAUAUGAAGUGUUGUGUGUUAGCCAGUUUACUCUUCAAUGUAUUCUGAAAGGGAACAAGCCAGACUAUCAUAUGGCCAUGCCUACGGAGCAAGCGGAGACUUUCUACAAGAAUUUCCUUGAGCAACUUAGAAAGGCUUAUAAACCAGAGCUCAUUAAAGAUGGCAAGUUUGGAGCCUACAUGCAAGUACAUAUCCAGAAUGAUGGGCCUGUGACUAUAGAACUAGAGUCCCCAGCGACUGCCACUGCAGAUCCCAAGCAGAAAAUAUCUUCAAGAAAGAAGCUUGAAACUUCUAUAUCCAGAGAAUGAAUUGUUGCAGAAAGAUGCCAGAAAAUCCGCACUACAUCAAGAAGAUCAAGAAUGAACUUUGGAUAUGGUUGAUUGAACUGAACUUUGAUUGAACAUUUAUUGUAAAUGUACACAUUUAUGCCAAAAGGGACUGCCCCUAAUUUGGCUUUCUGUCAAUGUGCCCAGCAAAACAUUGGUUUUGCUUUCCUUCUUUUCUAUUUCCUCCCUCUCUACUCUAUUUUCCUCUUAGAAAAUUGAAUAUUGUGUAUAUCCAUAGUUAGAAGUGCAUUUAGAACUACAAAUUGAUUAUGUUAAAUGAUCAAUGGGGAGACUAGUCUCCCAAUGAUCAUCAGGGGGGAUUGUAAACCUUAAUAAUUCCCAGACGCUACUUUAUAAGAUUGGAUUAAGACCAUUCCCCAGUUGGGCAGUGAACACUACUUAGAUCAGGAAUGUGAGAACUCUACUUCACCCUACUUAAGUCUGCCCUAGGGGAAGAUAAAGUUGUAAACUCUUUUCUGAACAAUGAAAAGUACUUAAACCCAUACUUUUCUUAAGCUAAGUACCUAUAAAGGUCAGGCAACUUGUGAAUUUAUAAGGAACAAAGAGCUGAGAAACUUACUCAGAGCUUUCCAGGUGUAAAUUACUCAAAAGUUCACACCUUCUUAGGUGUGAACUAAGAAUGGUCUGUCCUUUGAAAAAUGUCUACUGUGAUUGGUAGAUGUAAGAAUUUAGGGGAGGUGACAAAGGAGAAAAUGCCCUUUAAAAGGAGACGAAAAGCUCUCUCUGGAACAGUCAGCUGGGAAAGGCUGCCUUGAAGGGUCUCUUUCGAGAUUCUCUUGGGGACUCAUUCUGAAACAUUCAGAUUGAGGAUUGAGCUGAUGAAGUCAGCUGAGAUGGAGCUGGCCUGGUGUCACUAGAAUCCUUGCUUGGACAGAUCUUGUGGUGAGUGAUUAAGGACUGACUGAUUUUUCUCUUAGGGCUUAGGCCUGGGUUGGCCAGGACUGGCCAGGGCCAGCUUAUCCCUUUCUCAUUAUUCCCUCUUUUUCUCUCUUUUUCUAAUUCCUCAUUGUAUUAUUAAUUAAAAUCUCUAUAAAACCCAGUUGACUUGUGUAUAUAUUCAUAAUUGGGAAUAUUUCCCUGGCAACCACCUUAUAUUUGAUUUUAACACAAGACACUGUAGUGAAAACAUAUUUUCUGCGGUCACAAUUUACUCACCCACUCUUAUAUCUACUACAAUUUAUAUCUUCAACUAUUUUUACUCACUACAGUUUAUAGCCUUCAACCAUUUUAAAUGCCACACUAAGUGGGUAUAUAAGAAUCCUUAGGUUUAAUUUUGAAAGUGAGAUCUCCUGGUAAUAUUCUGAGGGGACACAGUGGAACAUCUGUAUUAACCCUGCAUGCAUAUUGCUCUAAUUUAUUUUCCUGGAGCUAAGUAAGAUUAAUAAUCAUAGCAAUUCCAAUAAUAAGGGGAUGUUAAUAAUGAAAGUCACUUAGGGGGGUUUCAGUGGGUAUUUCCAUCCUUCCUGCGGGCUGCCUUGCAGUCCCCGGUUUCCACGUGUUACUGUGUCAAACAGUAUGGUCUUUGAUGGCUCCCGGCAACAGAGAAAUAUAUAGUAAGAGAAUAGUAAUAUCAAAUGAUAUGAACAAUGACAAACAAAUAUUUUAAAAUAAGGAAGAUUUAGAGAUUGUAGAGUUUAAGAAGGAGAAGACCAUAUGUUUUCCAAGAUAUGGUACAAUUUUCUGGCUGCCUUCAUUGAAUGAAUGGUUCAUUGAUGGAGAUUUUGUUUUAUCUAAUUUUUAAGUGGUCUAGUUACAAUUUUUGUUGCAUCAGCUAUUUGACAUUUAUAUCUGUUUUAUAAUUUUGUCCCCCUCUUGUGCAUUUGAAAUUUAUUAUUAGCAUCCUUAGUCUUUGUUAGCAUAUUUAUCAAAAUGAGGUUGGGAAAGAAUAAAGAGAGAUUUAUUAUUCCAUAAAUAGA